UGUGAGAGUACUAUUGAAUUAGAUUAGAUGAAUCAUAUUCAUAAUUAUAUAUUUUCUAAAUGUAUUUCUUUAAUCAACAAUCCUUUUCGUUAAUAUAUUCAAUGUAAAAAUAUAAACAAACUGUCCCGUACAAAUCGCUGAUUUAGUUUCCCGGUAUAUUAUCAAAAAUGAAAGAUCGUUCCUCUACGCCGCAGAAUCGGUGGAUGUUGAAUCCAUAUAAAUGGUAAAAUGAAAUUCAAAGCGCUGUUCAUGCUCAAAUAGUUGGAUUCUCAAUCCAUCAAAUUCCGUAAGAGACUCGAAGAUUUUCCAGGGGAAGGAAAAGAAAAAAACUUAUCGGACUUGAAUUCUUUGGUUUUCUACUAUGGAAAUGGAUCACGAUUAUAUGACUGCUCGAUUAUCUGCUAUAUGGAACAUCAUUUGUCUAAAGAGAAGCUUUAAAGAGGACAGAAUUCCUUGCCAAAUUGAAGAGGGUCUGUUCUUAGGGUCCGUUGGAGCUGCCCAUAACAAAGAUCAACUGAAGAAAUUGAGUAUCACUCACAUUUUAACCGUUGCUUGUUCAAUGCCACCUGCUGAUCCAAACGAUUUUGUUUAUAAAGUAGUACGUGUCUUGGACACUAGAGAUGUAGAUAUUAAACAGCACUUUGACGAUUGUUUCACCUUUAUCGAUGAGGGAAGAAAUUCUGGUGGAGUCUUGGUUCAUUGCUUUGCUGGAAUAUCCAGAAGUGUAACCAUUACAGUUGCCUACCUGAUGAAAAAGCGAGGUAUGAACCUAACACAAGCAUUGGAACACGUCAAGAGUAGACGACCACAAGCAGCUCCGAACGUUGGUUUCAUGGUUCAACUCAAGGACUUUGAAACAGCUCUUCAAGCUAGCAGAGUUGAUGAAAUGAAACUGUCAAAUGUUUAAGCUCUCAGAAGCUGCAGGUGGAAAGAGAGUGGUCCAAUCAGACAACAAAUGAAAACACGGGCCGGGACUAGGCCCAUAAUCAAAUGGUAUGUCUGGUCACGAUCCCCAUAGCAGACCACUCGUGAGCCCAAAUCCAAUUUUUGCGGCCCAUUACCAGACAUAGAGGUAAUAAACUUAACUUUCAGACAGAGCACACACACACGACAUUCCCCAUUGCAAAUUAGAAUAAUUUUCAUUUUGGAAGCACUUCCUUCAAAAUAGUUAACUUCUGCUUUGAAGUCCAUAUCAUGUUUCCAAUAAUUGAUUGGAUAAGAUUGGUAAGUAUUAAAAGUUGAUUUCCAUCAGCAGCCAAAAAUAUAAAACAAUUAUUAAAAUAGGGCAUAGUAUGUGGAGUAAAUUAAUUUAGUUGUGAUAAUUUGAAUCUCUUUAUCAAGUUUGAGUCCUAUUGUGUUGGUUAGAUAGUGAAAUUAAAAUGGUAAAUUUUGAGAAGGUUUAUGUGUAUUGGGGGUAGAUAUGAGUAUUAUUAUUAUUGUUAUGGGAAUAAAUUAUAGAAAAUGAUUGAAAAUAUAGAAGUGGAAGAAUUGAGGGGGAGAAGAGAAAUAAUAAUAGUGGGAAAAAGGAGAGGGAAGGCAGAAGGAAAGGAAUGUCUCUAUCAAAGGAAGUGUGAAAACUGCAAAAAGAAAAAAGAAAAAAGAAAAAAAAAAAUGGGGCGUUAAUGAUGGGAGUGUAAUAAUGAGGCGUGGUUGGUUGUAUUUGCUAUUUUGUUCCUUUCUAAGGGCCCCAUCUGCUUCCCAUAUUGGGCCUUUCCCCUCGGCCCAUAUUCAUAUUUACUGGUUACCGACAUCCUAAAUUUAAAACUUAAGGGGAGUGGGUGAGUCAUUUAAUCCCAUCAUCAUAUUAAAUCCGCUGUUUAAACAUACCAUAUAUUUGGUAAUAUUUGAUUUAAGAAUUUGAUUUAUGUCUAUUUGUUAGGCAUUGUUAAAUUAAAUUUCUAAAAUAGAAAUAAAAACGAAAAAAAGAAGGAAGAACAAUAAUGGGGGGGAUGGAUGGAGGCAUGAAGGCAUGUUUGUAUUUUCAAUUUUGAAAGAAGAAAAAAGAAAACAUGAAAAUAAAAACAAAAAGAUUCCCGCGGCUUCAGAGGGAAGAGGGGGAGGGUGGGUCCCACAAGAGACAGGCUAACUGACAACUUUCGCCGUUAGUAAAGCUUCCGUCAUCGUUUCUCCACUUCCUUCUUCUACUUCUUCUUUUCUUCUUUUCUUCUUCUUUUCUUCUUCUUCCUCUGUCUUCCUGUUUUCUUAUUAUUUAUUUUGUCAUUACCACUUUUGCCCCUUUUGGACUUUCCCAUCCUCUUUCCCUUCACCACCGUCUACAUAUGUAACUCUCGGCUCGGCUCCGCUUCAUCACUCCCUCUCUUCCCCUAUUUUCCCUUUCUCUUUCUUUGUUUUCUAAUUUCUUUCUCUACUUCUUACUUCCUUUCUGUCUUAUUAUAUUUCCAUAUUUACAUUUCUUUACACAAAAAAAACAAAAAAAAAUCCCUCCAAUUUUUAUUUCUAAACUUUUAUAUAAUAUCAAUUAUCAUCGCCUUAUUAUUUCAAAUUUAUGAAAUUACAUUUCCUCAGAACUCACGUUUCUUUAAUAUAAAAUUUAGUUGAUUCAAGAUGUUCAAAUUUCUCAAUUUUCUACUACAUUUAUGUUUUACCUUAUGUUUUCCAUAUGGAGGAGGGUAAAAAUUGUCACACCUUUUCCAAUUCUAGCUUAAAAUUGUAACUCUUAUUUUAAGUUUAGGAAUGUAAUUUGAUGAAAUUCAUAGUUUUGGAUAAAAAUUGAUUUUUUUUUUUUUAUUGAUGCAAACAAACUCUAAACGUAACUUAAUUAUUUGUCAACAUGGUAUAUUAUCUAUUAACACAAUUUUGAAAAUUUAUUAAUAUAGAAGCAGGGUAUCACUCUUUAAUUUCUCAUCAAAUCAUUGUUAAAUAUAAAAUUUUUAAUCCUUAUAAUUUGUUAAAGUAGAAGAAUCCAAACCUCAUUUUCAUUGCAUUGCUACAUAAAUUUUAGUUACAUUCCAUGAAAUAAAAACAACAAAAUUAUUUUAUAUAAAAACAAAAAAUAUGAAAAGGGAAAAAAAACCUUCUUGAGAAAAACAAAAGUUAGAAAAUUGAGGAAGAGAGAAAUGAAAAAAAAAAAAAAGAAGAGAGAGAGAGAGAGAGAUGGCAGAGAAUGAAAGGACAAAAGAUUUAAAUUGAUUGUUGGGUGAAGAGAGAUAUAGAGAUAGAGAAAGAGAAAGAGAGCAGCUAAUAAAUCCAAUAACUCUUACACAUCACAACGUUUUCUUAUGUACUUUCCCCCUCUUUUUCUUUCAUUUCUAUUACAUUUAUAUCUAAAUAAAAGCAUAAGAAAAAAUCUCAGUCCCUAUACCCAUAACCCAAUCCCAUAUACUGUUCACUCAUGCAUUUCUCAAAAUGACUCCAAUACCCCUCAUGGCACCCACUACUUCCAAACAUCCCACCAAGGGUAUUAUCGUCAAUUCGAUACUACUCCUUUAUUGCAUUGUUUUAGAUUUACAAGGAAUUCCAGAAUAGGGUUUAGGUGAGGAUUUGUAGGUCUUAAUAUUACCCAAUACCUUAUAUCUCUAAUUUUAACAUUCAUCAAUUACAUUACGUGAUCUCACAAAAUUUGUAGAUGCUAUAAUGUUUUAGCCAAUCGGUCUUUUUCCUUUUUCUUUUUCAGAUUUUAUGUGCCAAUAAAACACUCGUUCAUGACGUUGAAUUUUUAUAAUGGUUUUUAGUUAGAUGCAUCAAAAAGUUUGGGACUUUGAAUUUCA